AUGGUGCCAAAUGAGAAUCAAGACAGUCAAAAUGCUACGCAGUUGCUGGGCUCCUCUGGAACUCUAAGUCAAGUCAAAAACAUCACUGAGGAAAAGGAGACAAAAAAAUUUGCAGGUCUGCAAUCUUUGGUUGCUGGGGGUUUUGGUGGAGUCUGCGCUGUGAUUGUCGGACAUCCAUUCGAUCUCAUUAAAGUCCGCCUACAGACUGCAGAAAAAGGCCACUACCGAAAUUCUAUUGAUGUCGUGCGGCAAAGCAUCACAAGAAACGGUCUUCGAAGGGGACUAUAUGCGGGUAUAACUGCACCCUUAGCAGGGGUGACACCUAUGUUUGCCGUGUCUUUCUGGAGCUAUGAUGUAGGAAAAUCUUUGGUCCACAAGUUUUCCAGGGUGGAAAAUGAGGGUCUAUCUGUUGCACAAGUUUCAGCUGCUGGGUUCUUCUCUGCUAUCCCUACGACGCUCGUGGCGACACCUUUCGAGCGUAUUAAAGUUCUCCUCCAGAUUCAGGGGCAGAGAAAUCUCAAACCAGGAGAGAAGCCAAAAUACAGUGGCGGAUUCGAUGCCGUGCUGAAAAUUUACAGGGAGGGAGGCAUUCGUUCAGUAUUUCGCGGAAGCUUGGCUACUUUUGCCCGGGAUAGCCCUGGCUCAGCUGUUUACUUUGCUACAUACGAAGUCGUAAAACGGAGGCUAACUCCUAUAGAUCCCUCUACUGGCAAAGUGUCUGGGGAAUUAAGUUUAGGUGCCGUGACAGUUGCAGGUGCAAGUGCAGGUAUAGCUAUGUGGAUACCAGUAUUUCCGAUUGAUACUGUGAAAAGCCGGCUACAAACUGUGGAAGGCAAUCCAAAAAUAGGCAGCGUUAUUCGGGGCUUAUAUACUAGUGGAGGAUUGAAAGCAUUUUUCCCCGGAAUAGGGCCUGCAUUGGCUAGGGCUGCGCCUGCAAAUGCCGCUACCUUCUUAGGGGUCGAACUUGCGCAUUCAGUCAUGAACAAAUUGUAUGCAAUGUGA